AUGGCGGCUAUUCAGGUGAAAGAUAUCAUGAGAGAACAGGGGUUGGAGGUUUCUGGCAAUGAGAAGUGGGAGGACGAGGACGAGGAUGAGGAUGAGGAUGAGGAUGAGGAUAAGGAUGAGGAUAAGGAUGAGGAUGAGGAUGAGGAUGAGGAUGAGGAUGAGGAUGAGGAUGAGGAUAAGGAUGAGGAUGAGGAUGAGGAUGAGGAUGAGGAUGAAAGUGGGUGGGAGGAUACGGAAGAGGAGAUUUUUACUUUCAGUGACCAGAAGGACGAUGAUGGCGUGGAAGUUUGCGUCUUACAGCCUUAUGCCAAGGUUGAUAGCGAGUCAGCUGAAAGGAUCUGA